AUGCGGAAACUAUUCAGAGAAGCUCGUGAAAACGAUGAUCCAGAACUGGUUAUUAAAGCUUACAGUUCCCAACAAGCUUUCACAGUGUGCCUGAAUAAACAUUCUGCAGCCAAUUCAAAUCAUUUUCUAACUCGUUACUGUACGAUGUUAAACUGUCCAGUUUUGGAUCGAACUCAAGAGUAUACGGAAGCAUUUACCAAUAUUUUAUAUCAUCCAAAGUUAGAUGAUUAUCUUGUUCGGAAGAAAAAAGUUUAUCGUGGUGCGGUUCUUGACGAUAAGAAACUCAUAGAAGAUUAUAAAGUAGGUGCUACGAUAUUAACAACAACAUUUCUAUCAGCCAGUAAGGACCCAUAUGUGGCAUUUAGAUUUUGUUUAAAUGGUUCUACAGAUGGCAUAGCAAUGCUUUGUACAUAUAAUAUUAAAAAUAUUCAACGUCGUUCAGCACUAGAUAUUGAAUUAAUAUCUCUAUAUCCUGAUGAAAAAGAGGUUUUAAUCUUACGCUAUGUUCCAUUUACAAUAACGUCAAUCAGAAAAACAGAAGAUGGUAGAAGAAUCGACAUUAGUCUCGAUGAAUGUUCAGAGGAAAUACUAGAAUCAAAUAGAUCAGAAUUGAACAAUGGCUCUUCAAUUGAAACGUAUGACUGUAGAAUCGAGUUUGCAUCAACUUCUUUGAAUCGUACUCGGAAUCAGCAAAACACUAGUUGCUGCUGUAAUGAAGAAAUCCAGCUAGAGACGGUCUCAGGUCGUAUAGCUGAACGUGAAACAAUUGGAAAUCGAACCUCGUCUAGAAGACUACCAGAAUGA